AAAAAAAACAAAAGAAAAACGAACAAAAAACUAAACGCUUUUCCCCCCUGAAGUGAAGUGAGCGAACAAGGUCAAACUUGGUGACCUCGCAGCGUGACCUCAGCUGCAGCGACCAUGAGCGGCAGCUUCGCCCUACACAGCCAACUGGUCCUGUGGUUGCUCCUCUGCUGUAGUUUGGAUGUGACGGUGACGGGGAGCCGCGAAGGUCAAAUACCGGUGUUCGGAAAAGCGGAGAAAACAGUUACAGUGAAAGAGGGAGACACGGCGAGACUGCCCUGCGUGGUGGAGCAUCUCAAUGAUAAGGCGGUAACUUGGCUGAGGCGACGCGACCUGCACAUACUGACGGUCGGGCACCACACCUAUUCGGCCGAUGAGAGGUUUCAGGUCGUCCACGCCGAAGCGAGCAACGAGUGGACCCUCGUCGUGCGCUACGUCCAGCGGAGGGACGCGGGUGUCUACGAGUGCCAGAUCAACACGGACCACAAACUGUCACGCGCUGUCACCCUCAAGGUCCACGAUACGAGCCAGCAGAUGAGCGUCUCGAAGACAAAGGUUUUCUUGGCGAACAACACAGCUUCCACCAAAGACGGCAACCUCCGCGUCGAGAUCCAGGGGCCACGAGAGCUCUACAUCGAGGAGGGAUCGUCUCUGAGCCUCACGUGCGUCGUCACCUCCUCCCGCGGUCCGUCGAAGCUGAUCUACUGGUACCACAACACGAACCUCAUCGACUACAACUCACCCAGGGGAGGCGUCAGUCUCAAGGAAAAUGUAAUGGUUCUGUGGCUCUGGCGGUUCUCAGGCAAAUCCCAGAACAAUGUUGUUAAUGGUUUCUUCGCAAACAGUAAAUUCCUUUUAACUAUAUCUAAGAGAAAGGAACCUCUAUUGAGUCUGCGUGGAGAUGGCUAUGGAACUGCCUUGAAGAUAGGUGACAUGCUGCAUGCCGAGCAGUAUAUGGAUUGUUAG